UCCUAAAUAGUGGAGUGGUGAAACUUGCCACUUUGUAAUAAUACUUUGUAAUGUCAUGGGUUGAAUUCCCAGGAACUCUAAUCUAAUGAAACCUAUAUCAAAUAUCUGCUGUAAGACACCUUGGAAAGUAGCAUAUGAAUGAAUCGAAAUGUGCAUUUGUAGUAGUAACAGUUCAAUGUAAUGUUGUGCAUUACAGGUAUUUCUGUGCCUGAGGGGUUGUCUGUGGAUGCGCUGAAUGAAGUAUAUGAUGGAGUCAGAUGGAGUGCAGAUCUGAGCUGGAGCCCAGGGCAUGGGACUGACCAGAUUCCACACAGCUUUGAGAUCUCCUACCACAGUGAAGGGAACAAGCCAAAGACCAUCAGUACAGAGUCCUGCAGCACAACUCUUCCAGGCUUAAACUCAGACACGUGGUACACUGUCAGUAUGUGUACUGUGCUUCGAGGUCGAAGGAAGAGCAAGUCUGUAUCCACCACUUUCCACACAAGUGAAAGGAGGAUUGUGCUGCUUGGGAAAUCGGGUGAUGGUAAAAGCAGUGCUGGAAACACCAUCCUGGGGGGAAAGGAUUUCGAAGUGAGUGCGUCUCAGUACUCAAAAACAAAAGAAAAUGGAACACAGAGUAGGAUCAUCAACGGGAGAAAAUACACAGUCAUUGACACACCUGGAUUAUUUGACAAUACCGGUCCAGAGGAGGGGUUGACAGCUGGAAUAGUCAAAUGCAUCUUUGACAGUUCCCCAGGCCCACAUGCGUUUCUCAUCGUGAUGAGGGUAGGGAGGUUCACAGACCUCGAGGAACAAGUUGUCACGAAGAUUAAAGAAUUAUUUUCAGACGACACCUUUAAACAUGCAGUGGUUCUUUUCACACAUGGUACGGACCUGGGGGGUCAGACUAUUGAACAGUUUGUAGAGGAAAGCAAAAGCAAUCAGGGUACUAAGCAGAGGAAAGCUACACUGAAGGAACUUGCAGACAAAUGUAAUGGUCGCUAUCAUGUCAUAGAUAAUGUGCACUGGAAUCAGGAAGAGGGGGACGGCAAAAACAGAAUUCAGUUAGCAAAGCUGUUUGACACCAUAGAAAAGAUGCAGGAGAAUGAAGGCUGUUACACUAAUGACUUUUCGUUGUUAGUAGAGCAAGCCAUCCAACGAGAAAUGGAAAAGAUCAGGGAAUGGAGGAGGGAGCAUGGGGAGACCAUACAUGAGAGGGACAUCAGAGCAAAAGCCAAGAGCAUAGUUAAACACAGAGUUUUGGAGAAGUUUGACGCACGUUGA